AAGCGCUCAAUUGGGGGAUCAGGACAACAUCGUGGGCUGAGAGUGCGCAUGCUAUACUGAAAAAGCACGUUUUAACAAGCACGGGAGAUCUGAUGGUUACUAUAGACCUGAUAUUAAACAACGUUAUCAAGAACGCGAAUGAGGCCAUCUUUACUGCCGAGAUGGCAUCUAUCCUCAUCCAGACACGGUGGAGGAACAAUUUCACGUUAUCUGAUGAGGUAAUCGACCGGGUGGCUAAGAGGGCUGUAGAGCUUUUAGAGAAGCAGAUCUUCCUUGCGAAAUUGAGCAUACGCCGCCUCAGUCCUAUUCCUUUAAAUCUCUGUACAGGAACUUUCCGUAUAUCGAUGGGCAUGCCUUGUUGUCAUACCAUCAAGGAGCACCUCCAAGGGAACGCUAACUGGCAGAUCCCUAUCAAUAUGAUUGAUUCACAUUGGCUGUACAGGCGUACUCAGAUGGAUGAUGCGAUAGAGGACCCCUUCCGGGCUAUCCGGGAGCCCGCAGUCGCUAGGAGAUAUGGCAGGCCCCCACCACCACUUCCAGAGCUGCGAAACGUGUUGAUAGUAUCGCCGGCUGGUGUAGUCUCUACGCCUGGAUCGCAGGCACCUCGGGACACAUCAUCGCGGCGCGAACCUGGGGCGUUUGAGGCCGCUGAGCGGGAGGAUGCCGCCCGUGGGCGGGGGCGUGGGCGUGGUGGACGUGGUGCCUGGGUUGGAAUGGGGACUGGAGACGUGCCUGGGGAUACACGGAGGACCUCAGCAGGGGCGAUGUUUAUGACGCUCGAUCUCUGA